AAUCGACAACAUGAAGCUCAUUGCAUUAGUUUUCUGUGCGUUUGCUUUUUUGACGAGUGUCCUUACAUAUAAUGGAUCAAUUUAUAAAACGUGCAAACAAAGCAGUUUUUGUCGGCGUUGCCGCAAAGUUGAGCACAAUAAUUCGUCGUUUGAAUUAUUACCAGCCACACUAAAUACACACUCAGAUUCGAUCAAAGUUCACCUUCUCAACAAGAACAAUGGUCAUAUAUUUCUACUUAAAGUUGAAGGCGUUCAGGGUGAUAUUUUUCGCAUUACAAUCGACGAGAAAACACCACUGAGACAUCGAUACCGUGUUUCUGAUGCUUUGAAAGGACCCUUGAAGCCAGAUGUUAGAAUCAAAGUUACAGAAUCAAAAACUGACAUCAUCAUCACUUGCGGACAAAACAAAGCCGUCAUUCAUGCAACUCCAUUUAAAAUUGAUUUCUAUCGAAAUGAAAUGCUGUUCGUGUCGGCCAAUGCUAAGGGGCUAUUCAAAUUUGAACACUAUCGCACAAAAGCAAACAAAUCAAAUGAUGACGUUGACAAUGAACCCGGCACGUGGGAAGAAGAUUUCAAUUCAUUCCAUGACUCAAAACCGAAUGGACCCGAAGCAGUCGCAAUGGAUUUCACAUUUCCACAAGCUGGAGUUCUCUUUGGUAUUCCGGAGCAUGCUGAUUCAUUCGCAUUGAAAUCAACUUCGGGUGGCGAUCCAUACCGUUUGUAUAAUUUGGAUGUUGGUGAAUUUGAAUUGGAUAAUGGUAUGGCUUUGUAUGGUUCAGUACCAGUUAUUUACGGUCAUGGCACUAAAGGAACAGCUGGUGUUUUUUGGAUGAAUGCCGCCGAAACAUGGGUUGAUAUUUAUAAUCAAGAUUUGCAAAAGAAUGUGUCAUCGUCUGGAAGCGCUGCUCAUUUUAUGUCCGAAAGUGGAAUUGUUGACGCUUUCAUUUUGUUGGGUGAAACUCCGCAAAAUACAUUCAAACAGUACACGGAUUUGACUGGUGUCGCACCAUUACCACAACAGGCCGCAUUAGCUUUCCAUCAAUCUCGAUGGAACUACAAUGAUGAGAAAGACGUUCUUAAUGUUAGCAAACAUUUUGACAUUCACGAUAUUCCUAUGGAUACUAUGUGGCUUGAUAUUGAAUAUACCGAGGAAAAAAAAUAUUUCACAUGGGAUCCACAAACAUUCCCUCAUCCAUUGGAAAUGAUCGGAAACUUAACUGAAAGUGGUCGCCACUUAACAAUAAUCAUUGAUCCGCACAUUAAAACAGCAAACAACUACCAUGUUCAUGAUGACUGCACUAAAUACGGCUAUUAUACAAAGAAUAAGGAUGGCCACGAUUUUGAAGGUGUAUGUUGGCCAGGGAAUUCAAGUUAUGCAGACUUCUUCAAUCCAGUCGUUCGCAAAUACUUUGCCGAUCAGUAUCUCUUGGAGAACUUUAAUACAACUACGAAUGAUGUUUUCAUAUGGAAUGAUAUGAACGAGCCAAGUGUUUUCAGUGGACCAGAAUUGACAAUGCCAAAAGAUAACUUACACAAUACCGAAAUGGGAACUUUUGAACAUCGUGCUGUACACAAUUUAUAUGGAUUCAUGCAAACAAAGGCCACUUUCGAUGGUUUGUAUCGCAGGGGAAAUGGCAAAUAUCGUCCAUUCAUUUUAACUCGUAGUCAUUUUGCUGGCAGUCAACGUUACGCAGCCAUUUGGACAGGAGAUAAUACCGGCGAUUGGGGAUAUUUACAAAUGUCACUAAAGACCUGUUUAACGCAAGCCGUAAGUGGAUUUUCAUUUUGUGGCUCGGAUGUUGGUGGUUUCUUUAAAGAUCCAAGUGCAGAUUUGUUCGAGCGUUGGCAUCAAGCUGGUGCAUUUCAACCUUUCUUCCGUGCACAUGCCAACAUGUCCACGAAACGACGUGAACCUUGGUUAUUCCCAGAAGAUUCAAAACUUGUUGUUCGUGAUGCAAUUCGUAAGCGUUACACAUAUUUGCCAUUUUGGUAUGUUAUGUUCUAUGAACACGAACGCUUUGGUUACCCAGUGAUGAGACCACUUUUGAGCCAUUAUCCACACGAUCCAGAGACAUUUGCCAUUGACAAUCAAUAUUUGUUGGCCGAUCGACUGUUGGUUCAUCCGGUAGCACAAGAAGGUGCCACCAAAGUUGACGUUUACUUCCCACGCCACAGUGCAACUGGCGACGGUGAUUUGUGGUAUGAUAUUGAUGACUAUACUGUGUACGAUUCGGUUGGAUAUGUUAGCAUUCCGGUUAAUAGAAACAAGAUUCCAGUAUUCCAACGUGGAGGAACGAUUGUGCCGAAGAAAGAACAUGUACGACAAGCAUCAACUUUGAUGAAGAAUGAUCCAUACACUUUGAUCGUUUGUUUGGAUCGAUACCAAGAAGCCAACGGAACGCUUUAUGCUGACGAUGAACAGAGCUUUGAAUAUCGAAAUGGCAAAUAUAUUUACGUACAAAUCGAAUUCAAGAAGAAUGUUUUGAGCAGUAAACGCAUCGAUCCAAGUGCAAAAUUCGAUACACAGGUGUCGAUUGAACGUGUUGUCAUCACUGGUUUGGAUAAAGCACCACAAUCAGCCACACUCUCAACAUCAUCAAAUAAUGUUGCACUUGAGGUUAUCAAGAAUGAAAAUUCAUACAGCAUCAGUAAAGCAACGGUUAACAUCGCCGAUGAAUGGAAAAUCAUUUUGAAUUAUUGAAUUCGUUUCGAAAAUAUUUUAAUUUUAAUUAAAGUAUACUUCAAUUUCGAAUUUGAAUUUAACUUAAAAAAUGAUUUUAAACGACAGCGAUGUCAAUUGAGUGGAACCAUGUCAUAAAUGAAGAGGCCAAUGCAUCAGUUGUUUAGUACAAUAAAAAAUAGAAAAUUUAUCGUAUCAAUCGCUAUAGCGAAUGAUUUGAUGAUAAAAUUAAAUGAUAUUGGAGGAAAGUAAAAUUUGCCACUUAUCUGACAAAAUUCAAUGUCACAAAAUAUUUGGCACCAAAAAUCUCACAACAUGCAAUUUUUCGGUCUAGUUGUUAUCACAUAACGUCUAAC